AGCAUUGAUUAUCUACAACUUGCUCCUGGGCAAGCAAUUCAUGUAUCCAGUGCCAAUGAAGAAUAAAUCGAUCAGGAGAUUAUCAUGGAUAAAGAAAGCGAUGAUGAUGCUCAUUCGUCUUCAAAAAAUGGUGAUGAGGAAAAUUCCCCGGAACCGAAUGAAGGUAACAAUGCUUCUAAUGGUGACACCAGUAAUAUCGAUCCCUCGAAUGGUCUAGAGACCACUAAAGCGCCAAAUGAUGAAGUUGAGGGUAAUGGAGCCAAUAAUGAUGAUUCGAACAAUAUGGUGAAUCAAAAUAACGAUGUUACCAACUCCGUGCCUCAGGGUCAUGAGUAUGUGCCACUGAAGUUGUCGAGGAGAACGAAGCGCAAGUCGACAUUACUUCAGAGAUAGAAGAAACCAGGCCAGUAAUAGAAGAAACUAUAAUAGAAGAAACUGCUCCUGCGCCACCGAGAAAAGAAAUCACUCCAGAAAUAGAAGAAGUUGCUCCAGAGGCAGAAGAAGUUGCUCCAGAGGCAGAAGAAGUCGCUCCAUUGAUUGAGAU